CCGCGCUUGCAGCUGUCAAUGCCAACGUCGUUUUGUGCAUUUUUCGUGUUGAUUAUUUUUAAUUUGAAAACUCCAACAUGAAUACCAUCAUUCUACAAGAAAAAUUAAAAUUUAAAAAUGUAUAAUCAUGGUUGACUUUAUGAAAAGAGCUCUUGAAUUAGCAUCAGAAGCAUUGGAUGCCCAAGAGGUGCCAGUGGGCUGUGUCUUCACAAUUGGAAAUACAAUUGUUGCCGAAUCAAGAAACUGUGUUAAUGUUACUCGGAAUCCAACAAGACAUGCUGAAAUAAAUUGUAUUGACUUUAUUAUAGAACAUUGUAAAGCAAACAAUAUUGACUACAAUACCUAUUUUACAAAUAUAAGUGUUUAUGUGACUGUGGAACCUUGCAUUAUGUGUGCUGCAGCGUUGCAGAAUUUAAAAGUAAAAGAAGUUGUCUAUGGUUGUGUAAAUGACAGAUUUGGUGGGAAAACUGUACUUGAUGUAAGUGAAUUCUAUGUUCAAUAUUAUGAACUGCGUGGAAACUUAUUAGCAACAGAGGCAAUGGCGCUUUUAAAACAAUUCUAUAAAGGGACAAACCCAAAUGCACCAGAAUCAAAAGUGAGAAAGAAAAAGGACAAUUAAUUAUUUAUUUUUAAGGGAAGCAUAACAACAACUUAGUUGUACAAAAAUCAACCUGUACUUUAUUCCUAUUGAAAAUUGUGUGAAUUUUCUUAAUUAAUUGACCUUAUGUCAAAUAAGUUAUAUUUUUAUUUAUUCAGAUUUAUUAUAAAAAAUAUUGCUAAAUAGUAAAAUAACUACAAUUUAUACAAAAUACAUUAUUUAUAAAUGGCAUCAAUCUUAUUUCCUAUUUUGAAAAGACUGAUCUGUGUCCUGAAUAAUUUAAUUUUAGAACCCAAUAUGUCUCAUGCAAUGUUAAUAUAUUGCAAAUUAUCAAGGGAACCUACCGAACUCUGCAUGCGAGAAAAAUAUCUCCACUUCAUAAAAAAAAUAUGAAUUUGUGGACUUGCAUAUAGUUAAAUUUACAUUGUACUAAGUUUUGGACAGGGCUUGGUCUGCGGGAAAUUAUGAAAAACUAUAAUAAAUUUCAUCAAGAUCCAUGAAGAUUCCAUCUCUGUUCUGGAGAUACCUUACAACAAACAUCCACUUUUAUAACAUUAGUAAGAAGGUGGGAGUGGGUUCAUAGAAAGUAGCGUAAAAAAAGUUUUCUUUUAACUGAAAACCACAGACAAAAUUGCUUCUAGGAUAUUCAAUUCAUUUUGUAAAAAGCUUGAAUCAGAUUUCUAUUGUAACUCUCCUCUGUCCUGAAAUCUGCCAGUGAUAAGAAGGCUCUUAUCAGAAACAAAACAAACCCAUUUGUCAUCAUUUUGUCUUUUGAUAGGGUACAUCUAUCUCCAUAAGUAUGUAGAGCAGGUAUAGUGUUUUUAAAGAUGAUUGUGGCAAUAAAAAGGCAACAGAUUAUUAAGUGUUAUAUUUCUUAAACCUUACAGAGAGACAAAAUUUAAACUUAACUAAGAAUCAAACACUUAUGUACAUUACACCAUAUGCAAGACAAAAUUUUAAGGUCUUAUAUGAUUUCUUUACAACAUCUAUACAUGUGUAUAAAGAUACACAUUAUGCGUUAACAAAAGCACCUAGAAAUAUUAGGUCUAUUAAUUGAAUUUGAAUAUUGCAUUCUCAUAACUGGAAUGUCCUGUUACAAAAUUAAUUAAUACUAAGUUUACAGAUUCUCAGCCAUACCUUUUUAUUGUAUUUGUAUGGUUUAUUAUUGAUUACAUGCCUCAAAUCAGACCUGUUUAUAUUCUAAAAACUAUUUAAUCUACAUUAUUUUCUAAUGUGCUGUAUAUUUUUCUUAUAUUCCUACAAUACACUUACACAUUUAUCAUAAAUCCAUUUCCAUUACGACCUUGUGAUAUGAAAUUUACGUAAUGUUCUACUAAUGCUUACAAUUUAUAAUGUAUAUGGCUCAUAAUAGAUUUUAAUGUAAUUUUUAUCUAAUUAUGAAAACAAUUAUGCCUAUA